UUGUGGUGGCUGACGAUAAAUUAGACCACAGCUGUUCCAUAAAAUUCGGCCUCCAAAGUCUGACAAAAUUUUUAAUCAAUACAUUAGAUAAUAAAGCUAAAUUAAACAAUGUUUAAAUACUUAACGCAACCACUGCGGAGAACGGCGCAAAUUGCGAAACGUUCAUUCUGCAACAGCAAGCUAAGCGGCAGCAGCGCAAAAAUAACAGCAGCGAAAACAGCAACACCAACUGUAAGUCCAUUGAUUGAGGUUCGCGAUGCGCUGAAUGGAUGGGAAGAUAAAUUAAAGGAAGCAGGCGUCAAUGACAUUGAUUUUAAUCUGAAAUGCAUUGUGUCGCAUGUGUUGCAGCGCAAAUUUAACACCGUGCCGGAUGACUUCGCCCAGCUUAAAUUCAACUCGGAGCAGCUAGUUGACUUCGAACGCUUCCUCGAAGCACGUUGCGCCCGCAUGCCAUUGCAGCAUAUUAUCGGCGAAUGGGAUUUUAUGGAUAUAACACUAAAGACAGCGCCCACUGUUUUCAUUCCACGCCCCGAAACGGAGGAGUUUGUCCGCUUAGUAAUUGAAAAUUAUCGGAAAGUAGAGCAUGUGAAUAUGCUGGAAGUCGGCUGUGGUUCUGGAGCUAUGUCCCUAUCCAUGCUGCACGCAUUGCCACAAGUAGACGCCACUGCCAUUGAGCGCAGCAAAGCGGCAACAAAGCUGGUCUGGGAGAAUGCCAAGAUGCUUGGACUCCAAGAGCGCUUUAAGGUCCACAAUCACACCAUGGAAACGGACAACUAUUUGCCCGAGGAGCUGAAGGACAAGCAAUACGAUCUAAUCAUUUCCAAUCCUCCCUACGUAAAAACCGAAGAGUUUCAGUUUCUGCAUCCCGAAGUGGUUGUGUACGAGAACCUAAAUGCUUUAGAUGGCGGCUCAGAUGGAUUGCGCGUAGCUCGUUUGGUCUUCGAACUGGCUUGUCGGCAUUUGCGGCCUGGUGGCAAGCUGUGGCUGGAACUGGGAAACGAGCAUCCACCUCUAGUGAAAACAAUUAUGAAUCUACAGUAUCAAGGUCGUCUGAAUUUUGUAAAUAGUUACGAGGAUCAGUAUAAGCGCGAGCGUUUCGUCCAAUUGGAGAAAGUCUAGGGCCGAAGACUUGCAUACAACAUUAAAUUAAUUGAACAUGAUUAAUGCAAUUAGAAUUAGUCGCAAAUGCAUUUAUCUGUGAUUUGACCUACAUAGACACCCAAAUACCACUUACCUGAGAGGCUCCUACAUAUACAUAUAUAUUAUUAUAUAUAUAUGUCUAUAUAUAAAGAUAUGUUUAUAAUACGAAUUGCAUUAGGUAUUUCGCUUCGGGGCUUUGCAAACAAAGACGCAUUUCGAAGCUAAUCAACAAGAAAAGGUAUUUCGAGUUAAUGCACUUAAUUUUAUUGGCUUGCAUUAUUAAUGCUUAUAAGCUACCCAAUAAAUCCGUAAUAGACACUAAACAACAACUGCAACUAUUUAAUCGAUUUGAACAGUGAAUUGAGAGCAUUUGAAAAUUAAACGUGAGUUACACAUAAAGAAAAUUAAGGGUAUAUAUUGAGCUAUGCUUAAUGAUGCUUAAUGGGUUAAGUGCUAUUGAAAAUAGAGCCGUUUGAAUUAUGGACAAAA